CAAGGCAUUGGCCAAGUUUGUCUCUCAUUUUACACCAAUCACAUCACAGGACAAACAGUCACAACACUUGCUCAUCUGAUGGCUUUGAGAGAAAAUUUUUUUUUCUGUAUAAAAGACAAAUACGAGUUGUUUUUCUGCUGCUAUUAAACAAAGUUUCCUUUGGUGCUCCGAUAACUCUUUUUAUUAAAGAGAUACUCCGUUACUUUACUCGCAAAAGCGUAAACACAAAAAAGACUUGCUAUUCUUUACUUGUACACAAAAGAAAACCUUAUUACAGUAAUCCUAUAUUCUUUCCUUCUUUUUGACAUAAGUUAUUCUUCCUAAGAAGCUAUGCAACAAUUUACACCCUAUUUUCCUGGUUAUGACGCUACUCAGCAAGCACAACAAGCACAAGCACCUAAUGGUCCACCUCAAGAACAAACGCCAUUAGCCAUGAACGGUCAAAGUAUUGCCAUCUACAGUCCUAUGCCUGCCUUACCCGUCUUGAGUCCAAAGACUGCUGAUAGUCCUUCUCAAGCUGGUGACCUUGGUGCUCAUGGUAAGCCCAAGAGAAAGCAAGUCAAGAAUGCUUGUGGUAAGUGGAACAAAGUCUUUGUACACGAUGACUUAUUUUCAUCUUUUUUCUUCUUCUUUGAAGUCAACUGUCAAAAGGCUUGUAAAAAGUGUGACGUUGGAAGGCCUUGUCAAAGAUGUAUCAAGUAUGGCUUAACAGAAACAUGUGUUAAUUCAGUUCGCAAGGAGCGUAAGAAGGGUAUUAAGCGUGGUCCUUACAAGAAGAGAAACAAGAAUGGUGUUGAAAGUGCUCCUUCUUCUGGUGCUUCUACUCCAAACAUGGCUUCUCCUAUGCCUAAUCCUAACAUGUAUGUUCAAAACAGUACUGCUGUUCGUUCCAACAACGCAAUGCCUAUGCAUUAUCAACCUUUCGCUCAAGAACAUUACGGUGCUUAUGGCUAUGUGAACAGCAAUCAAAUGAUGCCUCAGGCUUAUAUGGUGCCUACUUCACUCUCACAUGUUUAUCCUUCUAAUCCUCCAGUUUUGACUUAUCAAGCUGCUAUGAACAUCAUUUCUCCUCAACAACAACAACAGCAACAACAACAACAUCAACAACAACAACAACAACAACAACAACAACAACAACAACAACAACAACAACAACAACAACAACAACAACAACAACAACAACAACAACAAGGUAUCAAUGAUACUUAUAGACCUCAAGAAUCUAUUCAACAACAAGGUACCGAAACCAACACGACUGCAGAUUCUUCUCAUGCCACUACACCUUCUACUAAUCCUGCUCCUGGUGCCGUCACCACUACUACUGAAGGCAAAACAGAAGAAGACGAUGAUGAUGAAGGAUCUAAAUUGAACAUUCUUUCUCAACUCUGCAGUGCUGUUUUGGAUGGUAACGAAAACAAGCAAGGAUCCAACACGGCCAACACGAAUCACACUGAAAAGUUGGAAGAAUCACACCAAAACACACCUCCUCCCAGUCGUCCUCAUUCUCGAGAAACUUCUCAUGACAAUGGCACUCCUGCAGUCACUAUGCCCGGACCCAAUUUUGGUACUGAUUCACCUCAUACUUACAUCAACGGUCAUUUAACCCAUCGUCCUACCAACACUACUAACAGUGGUGCCAGUACACCUAAUACAGCUGCUUAUGGUACACCUGGAUCUUCUCCUACUGAUUCACCUCUUAAUUUAAAACCUCAAGUCUGGAACUCAAGCAACCCAGGUACUCCUACUGAACAAUAGAUGAUACUUUUUUUUUCUGUAAAUAUAAAAAAAGAAAAUAAUAAAAAAAACAA